AGAGUUCAAGCGACAGGUGUGGCGUCAGGUAUCGAGUGGGCGCCUCGGCAGCAGCCACCAGAAUCCGGGUCCCCAAACUACUUGCCAUAAAUUCACGAAUAAUAAUUAGCAAUCGGUGCACUAAAGGCGUAAACAAAAUUAAAAGAUAAAUAGUUGAUCGGCUCCGAGCGAGGCUAAGCGUGCGCAGCUGCAAUUCGUUUCAGCCACCCUGCCGCAACACGGAUAAAACCAAACCCGUGCGAGGAACGCUCAACGAAGUCGGUGUAAAAGUGCGUGGUAAGAGCCGCUCGGUUUCCUGCAAGAAAUACGCGACGCACGGAGUCCGAAACUCGCUCAAAUAAUCAGAAAGAGUUUGAGGACCAGAUCGGUGCGAAGUUGAGCCGCAAACGGGCGCAAUAAGGGGCUGAAAUCCGGCGAGUUUUUGCGCGCAGCGUGUGCGUUUUCCCGGCAAACAGUGCAGUGCCAAAAUGAAUUCGAUUAAGAACCGAGACCGCAUUCUCGAGGCGAUUGACCAGCUCCGGCGCCGCAAAGCGCGCCCCGAUAUCCAGCGGAUUUGCAAUUAUCUGUUCCGGCGCUUUUCCAUAAGUUCGGUGGAGGCCCGCUCCGACUUGCAAUGGUGCGUGGAGAACGACAUCGUGCUCAAAGUGGAGUACAAAGGGAGUAUCAGUUACAGAAACGCAGCGAAAAAGUACUCGCAUGUCAAACGUGACAAUCAGAGUGAUAAUAGCGCUGACAACAAAGCCAACCGGAAGUUCGCACAACUCCUUACGAACGCCUUCGGCGAGCUGGUCGUCCACGAACCCGAUUACCUGGACUACGGAGUACCCGCCGAAGAGAUCAUCAACAACAUCCUCUCCAAGGAUAGUGUGAGAUACACGAAAAAGUACAUCUUAAUACUCAUCGAAAAAGAAGUCGAGAACGGAGGACUCAUCAAAAUGGAAAAUGACAGGUACCUCAUGGGACCGACUAAGGAGGAGGGGCGGAAGACAGACGAUAUGGACAACAAUAGGGGCGCAAACGGGGAAAUAAAGGACGGCGAUACGCACUCUCAGGAUUUAGUCAUUAAUGUCAAACCAAGGAAAAGGCCUGGACCCAAACCUGGACCCAAAAAAGAAAAAUCCGAAAGUAUGGAUUCGGAUGAAAAAAAAUCGGACACGGGGAGUUUGCGAGUAGGGGGACGGCGAAAGAGAGCCAAGAAAGUCUUUGACCCGUCUGACACGCACGUCCCUAAGAAACGCGGACGACCAGCAGGUUCUUUGAAUAAAUCAACAAUUGAGAAACAAUUAGCAAAAUUAAGUGAUGAAUCCAGGCCAGAAUCACGUACUUCAAACAGUGGGAGAGAACAGGGUGGAGUUUGUUCAGUUUGUCAUCUACAAAAUAAAAGAGGACCUAAUGAUCGCAUGGUGGCUUGUAGGGAAUGUAGUAAUAAAGCUCAUUACAGUUGUUUAAAUGGGGACGAUAUGAUGCUAAGGAUGUAUCCAGAUAACACCUGGCAAUGUCCACAUUGUAAAACUUGUGUUAUUUGUUUUGAAACGUCAGAUGCAGGUAAUUUAACAGUUUGCGCUGUCUGCGCUGAUGCUUACCAUGCAGGAUGCCACCAACCGCGCAUUCAUGAGAAAUUUAAACCACCGGCGAAAUGGCUUUGCAUCAAUUGCGAAAUGCCCGAGGAAUUGAAAAUCAAUGAAAUUCAGUCUAACAUAAGUAGUUCCUUUACAUCAAAAUUGAUCAAUGGGAAUGACAUAAAUGAUAAUAAUUCUUCAUCACCUUCAAUUUCUGGAAAUACCACACCUAAUUAUCAAUCACCGCCGUUAUCACCCACGCCGCCUCAACUCAGUCCGCAAAAUGAAGUGCAACAAAAUGGUGAUGGAGGAGUUUCUGAUUCCCAAAGUAAUCAGAGUAUUAAAGAUUCCGAUGAUGAUAAUAUAGAUCCAUCUAUCCCUGAUGCUACGAAUUGGACGAUCGAGGAGGUGUAUCAGUAUUUUGCUCAGUAUUUUCCCGAGGAAGCCAAAAUUUUUAAAGAACAGGAAAUUGAUGGUCGCUCAUUGUUGCUACUAAAACGAAUGGACGUUUUAACGAAUUUGAAAUUAAAGCUGGGACCUGCACUUAAAAUUUACAAGCAUGUUGUUAAGCUACAAGUAAGGAGGGAUGAUCCAAAAUUCUAUUGGUUGUAAAUAUCAAUUAUGCAUCAACUUUUUUUCAUGAUAUUUUUAAAAUUGCUGAUUUGUUUUAACAGUUAUUUUGUUUCCAAGUUCAUGUAUAUUUUAAUUAUUUGUUUUAUAAAUAGAAUGCACUACAAAUAAACCACUUGAAGUUACAAAAUCA